UACACUAUACACCUGCCCGUGCCCUGUGACCGUGCAUGCCUUCGUCCGUUGUUACUGUCGUUGUGUGUAGUCAGUGUAGUGCUAACGACUCAGGCACGUUUUUCUCGUGGUGCACAGCCAUAACACGGCGUACGUGUGAGCAAUAUGUACGCAUUAGUGCGGUUUUUAAAUAGCUUUGAUCAGAAAGAGUACGUAGUACCCGUCCACAAUAUCAAGGGCUUCCACCCGGUAAACAAGGACGAUUUUAACAAAACCAAAGUGUAUACCACACUCUGGAUCGACGAAGACCCGGAUAUUACAGGAUCGUACACCUGUAGAAUCCUGCUGCUGGCAGACUCGGAAGAAGAGUUGCAUAAGCAAAGAAGCAACAAGCGUCUUCCGCGGCCUGUAAUAAAUGCUUCAGACAUUGAGCAUGAAGAAGAGCUUAUCGACCUCGACUUACAGCAGCCAGCAGCAAACAGCACACUGACUGCAAAAGAGGCACACAAAAAACUCAAACAAAGUCAGGCAGCAUCCAAAAGCGCUGCUUAUGAGAGCAUACUGAGUCAGCAUGCCUCAAGUGCGCUAGAAAAAAAUAAAGCUGCCCGAGAGUCUCAAUCAUCUUCAAAAAGGCACGAGAUCACCGGCCAUAACCAGAAAAAAUUGAAGAAAUAUACUUGGCAGGAGCCUUACGAAAAAGCGCUGAGGGAGCGGAAUGAACUGAGACAGACAGUUGCUGCCAUGAAUGAAAGAUUGGACAGUAUGGAUUGCAAGCUUUCAAUGAUUGUAGAAAUGCUACAAGGGGGAAAUGUCUGGCAGCCUCGAGAGACACUUACUAGCAAAAGUGCCUCGCAGCUUCGAGGAACACUGGCAAGCGAAAGUGCCCCGCCUCCUAAGAAAGCACAGCAGACACAGCAGUCCCCUGCAGAUUUUCCGGAGACUGAGCGCAGAGAAGUUCAAGCUGAGAAAUCACACCCAGCUCCCACAGCAACGUCGCUGGCAUCAUGUGUCGACACAUCUACAGGAAGCCUGCAGAGCCAAUGCAAGCCUUCUGGAGAGCCACUGCCCACAGCUGACUCAAAGGCCACCGAUGUUCCAUUCACAGAAAUUGGUGGUGGCAAGUAUCAUGUGAAAAAUGGUCUAGUCAUCGGGAGCCAGCAAGCCGAGAAAAUAUUGGGCCACAAGAAACCUUCCCUUGUGGUAAAGGACAUGGCCCAAGCCAUAUGGGGCCGUGAAGGAUUGGCAGAACGCAGCUAUGGGGGGAAGCUAGCCCCCAAGGAUUACAAAAAUCCUACUGCGGUAGUGCGGAAACAGCUGAGCCCAGACAAGGUUGCUUUGAUUAUUGACACUGUGACACAUUGGGGCUCGUGCAAGGGUGUUCCUGUUAAAGAAACAGUGGAUAACUUGUCGACAAUUUUGUCGCAGAAAAUACAGGACAUCCGGCGCAACAAGAAGAAAGAAAACUAAAUGCUUGAAGUAUACCACUCAUGUAAAGUAAUAAAUUAUUAAAACUAA